UCCCCGCCCCUUUUUCCUGAUUGACCGCCAAGCACAUUCUCCUCCCAAACCAACCCAAUGCUUCUCCAAACCCAAUGCCUCACUUCCCAUCUCCCUCUCCUCCCAUUCCCUCCUCCAAAACCCAUUUCCAAAACCCACUUCUUCAACCCCAACCCACUUCGCACACCUCCAAGAUGCUCCCUUUCCGCCGUUUCCGACCCGACCCAUCUCCAAAACCCGACCACCAAGCCCUUCCCGGCCGAGGUUUCACGGACCAUUCUGGAGUUGGUCUCUGUGGGCACCCUUUCCACUUUAACCCAACAAGGUUGGCCUUUGGGCAUCGGGGUUCGCUUUGCUGUUGACCCACAAGGGACUCCCGUCUUGUGCUUGGACGGCUCAGAUAGACAGCUCUCUAUUGACAGGAGGUCUAGUCUCCAUGUUCAGUUGGAGCAGUUUGGGUUGAGGACGCCGCAGUGUACCAUAUUAGGCAGCAUUGACAAGCCAGAAGACAGCAAGUUUUUGAAGUAUCUUCAUUCGGUGUGGAGAAAAAGGUUUGAAGAAGAAGUUGAUGAAGAUCUUCUAUAUGUUGUUGACGUGGACCGAGUGCUUCAGAUGGAGGACUUUAGAGAGGUUGGUACAUGGGUCACAUCUUCAGAUUAUAAAAAUGCUCAACCUGAUCCUCUUCGAGACUCUUCAGAAAAGUUAGUGAAUGAUAUAAACACCAACAAUAUUGAAGACAUUAACCGUUUUUGCAACAUUUAUGCUGAUUUGGACUUCCAGGUAUCUGAAGCAAAGUUGGUUUGGAUUGAUCGGCUGGGGCUUGAUAUGCGUCUCUUUUCUCCUCAGAAUGGUAUUUUCGAGGUUCGCAUUCCCUUCCCCAGAGAUGUAACAGAUGAAAAAGGUGCAAAGUCAAUGUUCAAUUGUAUGGCGCAAUUAGCAUGGGAGGUCGAAAAGAAUUUCCAUGCCCCAGAUUUUGAGAAGGUGAAACAAGUUAAGCAGAUAAGCAAAGUGUGAUUGUAUCCAUAGCUACUGAUCUGUCUCUUUAGUUGCAAAAGCUGCAUCUUUGUUGAGCUCUUUAUCUUCAGAGAGUCUUGGGCCAUCCUAGUUGAGCUAGUGAAUUAUGUACAAGGCUUUGAUAUACAUGCGGCACUAGCGAUUACAGUUUUGAGAUUGUAUUCAAGGUUUAGUUAAUUAGUUUCUGUCCAUGACUUGAUGCAGAGGUGCAGAAGUUCUAUCAAGUCUUCAGUGAAAGGCUUUACGUUUGAUUUUAUUUGUUGUAAUUAUAAGCCUUGAUAAAAAUACGAGCAUCAAGUGUUUUC